GUAAACCAAAGAGAAUCGAAAGAAACAGUCAUGGUACAACAGCGAAAUUUCUCGUGGCAAUCCAAAGAGUUGAUGCGUCGUGUUACAUGCUCUGCCAAACUCGGAAUUUUAUUAGGCUCAUCGCGCGCGUCAGAGACCGAAGGGAGGAGCUUGAAGAUAUCUUUGGUGGUGAUGGUGGAUCUCUACUGUGGUGGAAGAUAUCAAAUAUCUUGAUUUACAAUGAGAAGACAGCUAAUUCAUUGUUGCUAGGGAAUAUGGAUAAGGGUCUGAUAUGGGAAACAGCCAAGGACUUGGCGAGGAAUAGAGGACGAGUCCUCUCUCUAUACCAUCAGAUAUUAAGAAGCCUCAACUCCCGAAAACUUCUCAUGAACUUAGCAGCAAAGAUUGGCCAAGAAAGCAGAGGCUCGUGCUAUCUUCAUGCUAGGCGCAGAAGAGGAAUCCCAAUCCCUUCACAACAUUGA